AUGGCCUCUGUUAAUGAGAGAAAUUACGUUUCGGAAACUGAUCAUCAUGGAGGAGCAUUUGCCAUCUUUACUGAUACCGUUUCUCUGAUAUCAAGACCAUCAAAACGGGUGUCAGAAACCGGCAGCAAAUUUUUCCCACACUUCUACCUUCUGGACACCAUAGAUGUUUACGUUGAACAUUAUCAGCCAAAAACAUUCAAGAAAUAUUCAGAAAAUAGAUCUAAGACCAAAAAUAAUUUUAUCUUUAUGCGUCACAACGCUUCCUGGACAAACGAAUUAUAUGGCACAAGACCAAACACGAAUGCGCUGGGAAUUCUCGGACCAAGUCUUUGCGUUGACAUCGUUCCGCAAUCUGACUACGCAUCUGAACUAGUAUCAAACUAUUUGCGGCUUUGUAUUUACGUUUCUGAAAGAUGCGACCAAAUCGUCACCGGCUUUGCUUCAGAGCCUAGUCUCAUCGAGUGCUCAGCGAUAAGCUCUGCAUUGCAAAUGUUACCACCAACGCCAAAUGUCAAUGUCAAUGCCAAUUUUGUUCGGUCAAAAGUCUCAUCAGGUGCUCAGCGAUAG